UCUCUCUCUAGGGUCAAUAAAGUUUUCACCAGCUCUUCUUCUUCUUCUUACAGUCUUUUUCUGUGUUUGCGCGCGUGGAGAGAACAGCUUAAUUAAAAAAAAAGAGAAUAUCAAAUCUUUGCUACAUAUCUUUUGGCUGUAUCCGUAUAUAUGUUGUUUCUUCCUAUCAGAAACUCAGAUUUGUCUCUCAAUGGUGGAAGAAGAAGACAAGUGAUGGCUCUGUUUCUUGGAGUUUAGUUUUUUUAUGAUUCAUUACAUCUGAAAGGGAAAUACAAAUCAAAUCUCUUGUUUCUUUCUCUGUCUCUAAGCCCAAAACCCCCCAUUUUCAAAUUGCUUCAUUUUGAGAUCAGUACAAAGUUCUUUUGGAGAUGGGAUUUGAAGACAAGAAAAUGCAGAGUAAGAGACACAGUCGUUCCAAAAGCUGGACUGUUCCUGAAAAGAAAAAGCUUGAAGAGGAUAAUAAUAAUAAUAAUAUCAUUGUUUCUUCUCUGAAUGCUUCUCAACGCUUCAAGCUGGACUUACCUCGUUGCUGUGAUAAAUCUUUUGAAACGAAGAAGGAAGUAAAAGUCCAGAGCUCUCUGAAACAAGAGAUUCAAGAGCUUGAGAAGAGGUUACAGAACCAGUUUGAUGUUCGUGGCGCUUUAGAGAAGGCAUUAGGCUAUAAAACACCUUCUAGAGACAUUAACUCUAAGGCCAACUCUACUCCAAAGCCUGCAACAGAACUGAUCAAGGAAAUAGCGGUGCUAGAGCUGGAAGUUUCACAUUUGGAACAGUAUCUUCUCUCUUUGUACCGUAAAGCAUUUGAUCAACAGUCUUCUUCCGUAUCUCAAAAACAACAACAGACUCCGAGUUCACCUAAGUCCACUCUUAGAGGCAAACGUCUGGACUUCUCAACGACACAUGAACCUCGUUGUUUCUCCUUUGACAACAGACUAAAGAGCCCAUGUUUGGUCCAGAAGGAACCAGAUUCUCCUAGCCUUAGCUGCAGACAAGAUAACUUAACCAUGGAACCUAGGUGUUUCUCCUUCGACAGUAGACUAAAGGAACCUGGUUCUAAUGCUCGGAAACUCAACUCAACAGUAGAUUCUCAGGGCUUCUCCUUUGACAGUAGACUUAAGGAACCUGGUUCUGCUGCUAGGAAACUCAAUCAAGAAGCCCCAACAGUAGAAUCUUCUCAGUGCUUCUCCUUUGACAAUAGACUGAUACAACCUGGUUCUUCUGCUAGGAGACUCAUUCAAGAAAGCUCAGCAAUCGAUUCACGGUGUUUCUCCUUCGACAAUAGGCUGAAAGAUCAGUCUCUUUACGAGGAAGAGGACAAUGAUUCAUGUGUUCGCCGUUGCCAGUCCACUCUUAACCAACGUUCCGCCUUCAACAACCGAAUAUCUCCACCAGAAGUAAGUCUCACACUCUCUUAUCAUUAUUACAUCAUUAGAGUUAAAACAAAGUGUGUAAUAACUAACAGCUCACUUUUGAUGCAACAGUACGUACAUAGUGGAUCAAACACUGCAAGCCUUGCAGAACACAUGGGAACAAAGAUAUCAGACCACAUAUUCAUGACACCAAACAAGCUAUCAGAGGAAAUGAUAAAGUGUGCAUCAGCUAUAUACUCCAAGCUCGCUGACCCUCCAUCGAUGAACCAUGGUUUCUCAUCCCCAAGCUCAUCUCCAUCAUCAACAAGCGAGUUUUCACCUCAAGAACAGUUUGAUAUGUGGAGUCCAAGCUUCAGGAAAAACUCUGCUUUUGAUGAUCAGUUCGAGUUCAGCGGACCUUAUAGCUCAAUGAUCGAAGUGUCACACAUUCAUAAAAACCAUAGGAGAGGACGUGACCUUGACUUGAUGAAUCGAAACUUCAGGUUGAUGAUUAAGCAACUGGAGAGUGUUGAUCCGAGAGAUCUUACUCAGCAAGAGAAACUAGCAUUUUGGAUUAACAUACAUAACGCACUUGUGAUGCACACAUUUCUAGCAAAUGGGAUUCCACAGAACAACGGGAAGCGAUUUUUACUGCUCUCCAAGCCAGCUUACAACAUAGGAGGUCGCAUGGUAAGCAUAGAAGCGAUACAAAGUUAUAUUCUUCGCAUCAAGAUGCCUCGUCCUGGCCAGUGGCUGAAGUUACUACUCAUUCCAAGAAAGUUCAGAACCGGAGAUGAGCAUCAAGAGUAUUCCCUCGACCAUUCUGAGCCUCUCUUAUACUUUGCUCUUUGCUCAGGCAACCAUUCUGAUCCGGCGAUUCGUGUUUAUACGCCCAAGGGGAUCUACCAAGAGCUAGAAACCGCGAGAGAGGAGUAUGUUCGUGCAACGUUUGGGGUAAAGAAGGACCAGAAGCUAGUCUUACCAAAGAUCAUUGAGUCUUUUAGCAAAGACUCAGGUUUGAGUCAAGCAGCACUGAUGGAGAUGGUUCAAGAAUGUCUCCCAGAGACAAUGAAGAAAAGAGUAAAGAAACUUAGCUCAGGGAGGUCCAGAAAGAGCAUUGUUGAGUGGAUACCACAUAGUUUCGUGUUUCGGUAUUUGAUAGCCAGAGAACUUGUUUGAUGAAUCUGUUCUUCUCUUUUGUAAUGGUUAUUGGUCAAGUGUAUAGGAGGAGGGGAAUGUAUGUGUAGAGAGUAGAAAUAGAGAGAGGGAGAACUGCAUGCCGUUUGCCGGGAUGAUGUUUUGGCUUUGUUGUCUUUGUUUUAUGUGGUUACUGUGUACAUACUAAAUCAAUCCCCUUAUUUUUUUUUUC